AGCCCAUGCGAGCCCCCAAAGGCCUGGCGUUCUCCGAAAUCCAGUCCAGGCAGCUGACGUUGCAGUGGGAGCCGUUGGGUUACAACCUGACCCGUUGUCACACCUACACCGUCUCUCUCUGCUACCGUUAUUUCGUGGGUACCGGUCACAACCAAACCUUCCGGGAAUGCGUGAAGAUGGAGCGUAACGCCAACCGUUACACCAUCAAAAACCUCCUGCCCUACAAGAACAUCCACGUCAAGCUCAUCCUCUCCAACCCUGAGGGUCGCAAGGAGGGCAAGGAGGUGAUAUUCCAAACGGAUGAGGAUGUGCCCGGCGGCAUUGCCUCGGAGUCCCUCACCUUCACCCCGCUGGAGGACAUGAUAUUUCUGAAGUGGGAGGAACCGGUGGAGCCCAACGGCCUCAUCACGCCGUACGNAUGCUCUGCCCUGUCCCUGCAGAUCCGUUCCGACCCGGCGGUCAACGUGCCUGGCCCGCGACGCACCGUCUCCAAACUCCGCAACGAGACCUACCAUGUCUUCUCCAACCUCCACCCCGGCACCACUUACCUCUUCUCGGUCCGGGCCCGCACUGGCAAAGGCUUUGGCCAGACGGCGCUCACCGAGAUCACCACCAACAUCUCCGCUCCCACCUUCGACUACGGGGACAUGCCGUCACCGCUGAGCGAGUCGGAGAGCACCAUCACGGUGCUGCUGCGGCCAGCGCAGGGCCGGGGGGCUCCCAUCAGCACCUACCAGGUCAUCGUAGAAGAAGAGCGGCCCAAGAAGCUCAAGCGGGAGCUGGGUGGGCAGGAAGGCUUCCCGAAAGCCAACCCCUUCACCGUGGGGGACAACCAGACCUACAGCGGCUACUGGAACCCACCCCUGGAGCCCAAGAAGGCAUAUCUCAUCUACUUCCAAGCCAUGAGCAACCUCAAAGGGGAAACACGGCUGAACUGCGUCCGGAUUGCCCGCAAAGCUGCCUGCAAAGAGAGCAAGCGUCCCUUGGAGGUGUCGCAGCACUCGGAGGAGAUGGGCCUGAUCCUGGGGAUCUGUGCCGGAGGGCUCAUCGUCCUGAUUAUCCUCCUGGGAGCCAUCAUCGUCGUCAUUCGCAAAGGGAGGAACUACUAUUCUUAUUCCUAUUACCCAAAACCAGUCAACAUGACCAAAGCGACCAUCAACUACCGCCACGAGAAGACGCACAUGAUGAGUGCCAUCGACCGGAGCUUCACCGACCAGAGCACGCUGCAGGAGGACGAGCGCCUGGGGCUCUCCUUCAUGGACACCCACAACUACAGCAACCGGGGUGACCAGCGCAGCAGUGUGGUCAACGAGUCCAGCAGCUUGUUGGGGGGCUCCCCCCGCCGCCAGUGCGGCCGCAAAGGGUCCCCAUACCACACCGGGCAGCUCCAUCCUGCUGUGCGGGUGGCCGAUCUCCUCCAGCAUAUCAACCAGAUGAAGACAGCAGAAGGUUACGGCUUCAAGCAGGAGUACGAGAGUUUCUUCGAAGGCUGGGAUGCUUCGAAGAAGAAAGACAAGACCAAAGGGAGACAGGAUCAUGUGUCGACAUACGACCGUCACCGAGUGAAGCUGCACCCGCUGCUGGGCGAUCCCAACUCGGACUACAUCAACGCCAACUACAUCGACGGCUACCACAGGUCCAACCACUUCAUAGCCACCCAAGGGCCCAAGCAGGAGAUGGUCUACGACUUCUGGCGCAUGGUGUGGCAGGAGCACUGUUCCAGCAUCGUGAUGAUAACCAAGCUGGUGGAGGUGGGCCGGGUGAAGUGCUCCAAAUACUGGCCGGAUGACUCCGAAAUGUACGGGGACAUCAAGAUCACCCUGGUGAAGUCAGAGACGUUGGCCGAGUACGCCGUCCGCACCUUCGCUCUCGAGAGGCGAGGCUACUCAGCCCGGCACGAGGUCAAGCAGUUCCACUUCACCUCGUGGCCCGAGCACGGUGUCCCCUACCAUGCCACAGGGCUGCUGGCCUUCAUCCGCAGGGUGAAGGCAUCCACGCCGCCCGACGCCGGCCCCAUCGUCAUCCACUGCAGCGCCGGCACAGGGAGAACCGGCUGCUACAUCGUCCUGGAUGUGAUGUUGGACAUGGCCGAGUGCGAGGGCGUCGUGGACAUCUACAACUGCGUGAAGACCCUGUGCUCGCGGAGGAUCAACAUGAUACAGACGGAGGAGCAGUACGUCUUCAUCCACGAUGCCAUCCUGGAAGCCUGCUUGUGCGGGGAGACCAGCAUCCCCGCCAGCGAGUUCAAGCCCACCUACAAGGAGAUGGUGAGGAUAGAGCCGCAGAGCAACUCCUCGCAGCUCCGGGAGGAGUNACAGACCCUGAACUCGGUGACUCCCCACUUGGACGUGGAGGAGUGCAGCAUCGCCCUCCUGCCCCGCAACCGGGAGAGGAACCGCAGCAUGGACGUCCUGCCACCCGACCGAUGCCUUCCCUUCCUCAUCUCCGUGGACGGAGACAGCAACAACUACAUCAACGCGGCCUUAACCGAC